GUGGGGCACUGCCCUUCCUGCCAGCGGCUCUUCAUGAUUCUGCUCCUCAAGGGCGUGCCCUUCACGCUCACCACCGUGGAUGUAAGAAGGUCCCCAGACGUGCUGAAGGACUUCGCCCCCGGCUCGCAGCUGCCCAUCCUGCUCUACGACGGCGACGCCAAGACAGACACGCUGCAGAUCGAGGAGUUUCUGGAGGAGACGCUGGGGCCGCCCGAUUUCCCCAGUUUGGCGCCCCGCUACCGAGAGUCCAGUACAGCAGGCAACGACGUUUUCCACAAGUUCUCGGCGUUCAUCAAGAACCCAGUGCCCGCGCAGGACGACGCCUUGUACCAGCAACUGCUGCGCGCCCUGGUCCGGCUGGACCGCUACCUGCGCGCGCCCCGAGAGCACGAACUGGAGCGCGAGCCUCAGCUGCGUGAAUCGCGCCGCCGCUUCCUCGACGGUGACCAGCUCACUCUGGCUGACUGCGGGCUGCUGCCCAAGCUGCACAUCGUGGACACGGUGUGCGCGCACUUCCGUCAGGCGCCCAUCCCAGGCGAGCUGCGAGGCGUCCGCCGCUACCUGGACAGCGCGCUGCAAGAAAAGGAGUUCAAGUACACAUGUCCACACAGCGCCGAGAUCCUGGCGGCCUACCGACCAGCCGUGCGCCCCCGCUAGCCGCUCACGUCUCCCUACGGACCGAGCUCCCCGCCUGCCGCCCCCAUGCCCACUCGUCCGGAGCCCUAUCGAGGCACUUGGGCCUGAGUGCGCGUGAUCUCACGUCCGAGGGCCCAGACCCCACGAUCACUGCCACCCCUAAGCCCCACCUUGGGAAGCUCAGCACCAGAUGACCCGCCCAGAAUGACAGGGACAGGAGAACGAGCAGGUGCGGGGAGAGGGACACAGCCCUUCCCCCACACACACAGCAAACCCAGGGGCUCAGAGCCUCCUGCAGCCAUCUGGGGCCUGCGACAGGGAUUGCGGGGACAGGAUUGGGUUCCCAAACCAGUCAGGCCAGGGCGGGGCGGCAGGAUGG